GAGAGGGGGCUCCCCCCGACCGACGACCCGUCGGCACCUGAUGGGGAACAAACGGCUGAUUCCACACGUGGAGAACUUUUAACGAACACGUGAGGGAAGGCAGGCAAUGUCUGCGGAGAAUCUACCUCACAACUCUGGCGUCCCACUCCGACCACCUGGGCGACAGCCUGUUUGCUGUGUUCCCGGGGGUCUUCGUCCCCUUCUAUUGAACCCCCGCCACACGCUUUAAACGAAGCUCCAGCAAAGCAGCCCCCGCCCGAAGCGUCCCGGCCUGCGAAGCCCGCCAGGCGGCGGCCGCGCUUUCCGCGCCUGCGCCCAGCGCUCCACGGCGGGGGCGGGGCCGCUGAGCAAAGGGGCGUCCCUCCCGCCGGCGCGCUGGGGCGGAGCCGUGGGGCCGAGUGGUCCGCGCCCUGCGGCCUGACCUCCCGGAACGCCGGGGCCCGUGACGUCACCUCGCCGUGACGCGCACGCUGUAGGAAAACUGAUUAAUUAAAAGAAUUUGCCAUAUGUCUUAUGACUCUACUGGAGCUGUGGGAGAUAGAUAAAGAUGAAUGCCACGUCUCAUCCAGUACUGAAAAUCUGAAGUUUAGAAGACAUUUACUAAGUCAGAUCACUUCAAGAACUGCCAUACUGCGUCCAUUGAUAGAUGAGUGGAUAAAGAAGACGUGGGAAGUUCUAUUCAAGUGAAAUACAUCAGAAUGCAGAAUUCUUUAUCAGUUUCACCAAAAGAUCAAGGAGAUGUUUCCAUGCUCACCAGGCCUGAGAAGCAGCUGAAACAGAAAAUGUCAGAAUCUCCUGGAAAGACAGUGUGCACAGGUGAAUCAAACAUUCCUUCUGGAACAAUUCAGAGUGGUAAGGGUUUGCAGAAUAAGAGUCAGUUUAGGACCAUUGCACCAAAAAUUGUGCCCAAAGUGCUAACACCCAGAGUGUUAUCAUGCCAUUCGCCGUCACUCUCUGAUCAGGUGAAUCCAGGACCUUCCAUCAACUCCAAGCCCCUGGGGAUGCCCACCCAGAAUUAUGCUCUGAUGCAGGUUUCUGGCCAGGAGGGGACAUUUUCUCUUGUUGCUUUGCCGCAUGUUGCCUCAGCUCAGCCAGUCCAGAAACCCAGACUGCCCCUGCCUGAAAACCUUAAACUGCCUAUUCCUCGAUACCAACCCCCGAGAAAUAACAAAGGAUCAAGAAAGAAACCCAUUCUGAGCACCUCUGAGAGUGGUUGUAUCAAACCUCCUGCCCAGACCCAAACGUCCCCUUGCCCACCUGACCGUCCAGAGCCCCCACACACACCCAGUCCAUCCGAGCCCGUGCUGGCUCUAGACCACGCCCCCGCCAGCAUCACCGCGGCUGCACUGACCAAUGGAGGUGGCCACGGAGACUCUCGCCCUCCAGUGACCAACGACCACGGAGAUCCAAACCCUGCUGCCACCCCAACAUCAUCCACACCAGAGGAGCCCUCUGCCAAGCAGGGCCUCGUGCAGAUUUCAGGGAAGGCAAACUUCGCAAGCAAGAAAAUACCCAGUAAGCCUUCUGCUGUGGCCAGUGAAAACCAGAAUGAGCAAGUGGACCUUGCAAAAGCCGUGACCAAUUCAGCACCAGCCGUUUUGGGCAAUGCAGUUCAGCUGAUCUCCUCAGUCCCCAAAGGGAAACUGCCCAUCUUCCCCUACUCAAGAAUAAAAAGCACGGAGGCUUACAGAAGUGAAUCAGAUGCUAACAUCACAGAGUUUUCUUUACCUGGGCUCAGGGCAGACUGUGAUAAGACAGCCUCCAUCACAGAAGGCUUGAAUGCAGUCCCCAAAAUCGCCAACAAGAUCCCUGCCCCACAGGUGUCAAAGCAGAGUCCCUGUGAAAGUGCCUUUUGUCCGGCCACCAAGCUAGAUCUCAGCCACAAACCAAAACUCAGUGGUGGGGCAGCAAAGAGAAGAGGAAGAAAACGGAAGGUACCAGAUGAAAUUUUGGCGCUUCAGGGAAAAAGGAGGAAAUGUGUCAUUAAUAAGUGUAAAGAUGGUAAAGAAAGAGUGAAAACUGAUCCCCAGGAAUCCAGAGAUCAAAAACCUGGGGCUAUGAAGAAAUACCGUAGCAUUAUGCCUAAACCUGUCCUCGUCAUGCCAGCCUUGGCCCCCCUGGCUUCUCCUGCAGCCCCAGUGCAGUCCCACACGCUCGGCAGGAUAGCACAGGACGUUCUGUUCAGCCAUUCACUCACUCCUCAAUAUCUCGGCUGUAAGCAGGAUGACAGCCCUUCCGCCAAGCCCAGCUCUGCAUUCAGAAAUGGAUUCUCUGGCAUUAAGAAGCCUUGGCACAGAUGUCACGUCUGUAACCACCACUUCCAGUUCAAACAGCACCUUCGAGAGCACAUGAAUACACACACGAACAGACGGCCAUACAGUUGUCGGAUCUGUCGCAAGGCGUACGUACGCUCUGGCAGCCUGAGCACACACAUGAAACUCCAUCACGGGGAGAACCGUCUGAAGAAGCUCGUGUGCUGUGAGUUUUGUGCAAAAGUGUUUGGUCACGUCAGAGUCUAUUUUGGCCAUCUAAAAGAAGUGCAUAGGGUUGUCAUCAGCACCGAACCCUCCCCCAGCGACCUGCUGCCAGGGGACAUGGCAAAGAGCAAAGAUGUGAACGUACGGGCGCUGGAAGGGUCGGUGGAGAGGGAAAACAAGUCUCACCUGGAAGAAGACCUCCUUCUGAACCAGGCUGACGAAGUCAAAUUACAAAUCAAAUGUGGCCGCUGUCAAAUCACAGCUCAGUCUUUCGCUGAAAUAAAGUUCCAUUUACUUUAUGUUCAUGGAGAGGAAAUUCAGGGCAGGCUACAAGAGGAGAUCUUACCAGGAAACAAGGGAGCUCAGGAGGAACUGGUUAAACAGGCUGCUCCUUACUGGAAACAUCGUCCCGAAAGAAGAAAGCCCGCUGCACACUGUCCCUCCGACGAGGAUGUACGUGCGUUUCCUAAAUUGAAAAAGCAGCUCUGCGUUCAUCGUCAGAAUGACGUGGGCGUGCUCAUGAAAAGUGAAGGAGGCCAGCCGGUUCCGAGGGAGCCAGAAGAAGAGCCCCGGGGCCCUGGGUGUCCCAGCCCCCGCCCCGGUCUCCUUCGGUCCCAGCGGGGCUUCCACUGUGUCCUUUGUGCACAGACUCUGGGAAGGAAAGAGGAGCUCCUCCUGCACUGGGAACAGCAGCACAGCUGUCAGGACCCUCCCAAACUCUGGACGAUUUUAAACGCGCUCUCCAGCCAGGGAGAGGUGGAGCUGUCCCCGAAAACUGAGAAAUGAAACACUGGGCGAGAGCGAGGUUAAAGAGAGUUUUGCUAUCACCUUUCUCUCGAAGCUUUGAGUUUUAUGGUGGUGCUUAAUUACAGAAACCAAACAAGUUAGGAUCAGCACUAAUGAGCAGAAGGGAUGUUUGUACAUAGUUUGUUUUCUUAUGACAUAUAUCUAUGCCCUUGAUGCAUAUUUUUCUAACCAUAUGCAGUUUAUUUUAAAAUUCUGUGUACUGUUAAUGUCUUAGACUUUAUUUCAGAAUAAAUAUGUAAAAAGAUCAAAAUUUGGAAAUUGAAAUAUAAAAGAUUAUAGGCUGUUCCUAAAAUACACUUUUCAGUA